AUGAGGUUCACGGAUGGAAUGUGGCAUCUGAAGGAGGGUGUUUGCAUUGAAUGGAUGAGCAAUGUCGAGCGUCUUCGCAUUGAGCAGGAGACGGUAGAUCUGCUGCUAAACAAGGUGCAGCGGCAUCGGGGUGACACUUUGAACUCGCCUACGAUUUCUGCGAAAGUGACUUCCCCUUCAGAAGGGAUCAUUGGUGUGAAGCUCCCCAGGGCCGGGGAAAUUGACAACGGUCCGCAUUACGAUAUAAGCUCUAGCAUGGGACAUGCCUCUGCCGUCCACGACAAAGAAAGUAACAUACUUACCUAUACUAGCGGUCCCCUCGAUCUAGCCAUAACCACCAGCCCCAACGAGCUAGCUUUCACCUUCCAGGACUCAUCUCAGAAAAGAUUAACCGGUCACUCAUGGCGCUCAAUUGGCUACGUCGCCGACCAACGCAGUCCAAGCUACACUCAUGAAGAUGGCAUGUACGCCACAAAACAAGGCUACAUGCUUAGCGAGCUCGACCUCGGCGUGAACGAAAAGAUCUACGGUCUCGGCGAACGCUUCGGACCUCUCGUCAAGAAUGGCCAAACAGUAGACAUCUGGAAUGAAGAUGGUGGUACCAGUUCCGAACUCGCGUACAAGAAUAUACCCUUCUACAUGUCCUCCAGAGGCUAUGGCGUCUUCGUCAACCAUCCGGGAAAAGUGAGCUUGGAAGUUCAAUCCGAGCGGACAACAAGAGUGAAUAUUUCGGUUCCGGGCGAGGAGAUUGAGUAUUUUGUGAUUUAUGGGCCUACGCCGAAGGAUGUUCUUCGACGGUACACGGCACUUACGGGACAACCGGGGCUAGUGCCGGCAUGGAGUUAUAAUUUGUGGUUGACUACGAGUUUUACGACGAAUUAUGAUGAGCGGACUGUGAGUGGCUUUUUGGAUGGAUUCGAAGAAAGGGGGAUUCCACUCGGAGUUUUCCACUUUGAUUGUUUCUGGAUGAAGAGUUACCAGUGGUGCGAUUUCGAGUUUGAUGAGGAGAUGUUUCCAGAUGCCGGGGGCUAUUUGGCUAGAUUGAAGGAGAGGGGGUUGAGAACUAGCGUGUGGAUUAAUCCUUACGUGGGACAGGCUUCGCCUCUUUUUGAGGAAGGGAAAACGAAAGGCUUCUUUAUCAAGCGUGUCGAUGGCUCGGUCUGGCAAUGGGAUCUUUGGCAGGCUGGAAUGGCCGUUGUCGAUUUUACCAACCCAGCAGCUUGUGGCUGGUACAGCAGUCAUUUGAAACGACUGAUGGAGAUGGGCGUCGACAGCUUCAAAACGGACUUUGCAGAGCGGAUCCCAGUCAAGGGAAUCAAAUACCAUGACAACUCCUCUCCGGCGCGAAUGCACAACUACUACGCCCUUCUGUACAACCGCAUCUUGGCCCAGCUCAAGGGCUUCUCUUCGCGCGCAGUACAGCACCAGGGGGGACAGAAAUACCCAGUCCACUGGGGCGGCGACUGCGAAAGUACCUUCGAAGCCAUGGCGGAGUCCCUUCGCGGCGGUCUCAGUCUCAGUCUUAGCGGAUACAUCUUCUGGGCCUCCGAUAUUGGUGGAUUCGAGGGAACGCCGCCACCGGCGUUGUAUAAACGUUGGGUGCAAUUCGGACUGCUAUCGACACAUUCGCGUCUGCACGGAUCGUCCUCGUUCCGGGUGCCGUGGAUCUAUGGCGAGGAUUGUUCGGCUGUUUUGCGAGAUUGUGUUCGACGUAAGAUCCUGCUGACGCCGUAUAUCCUGCAAGAGGCGUGGAGGGGGCACAGAGAUGGAACGCCCUUGAUGAGAGCGAUGUUUUUGGAGUUUCCGGAGGAUCUGAAUACUUAUGCGAUAGAUACGCAGUAUAUGUUUGGGUCGAAUCUGUUGGUUGCUCCUGUAUUUGAUAACGAGGAGGUCACUUUCUAUGUGCCGAGGUCUGAGGGUGAUGGGGCUGGGAAGUGGGUUUCAUGGUUCGAUCAUAGCAAGACUUAUGAGUCUGGCCAGUGGUAUACGGAGACUCAUGGGUUUGAUACUUUGCCGCUCUUGAUUCGGCCUGCUUCGGUGACGGUGGUCAAUCCCAAGUUGAAGGUGCCGGAAGGUGAUGCGCUUUCGGGCAUUCAGUUGCUGGUCAAUGGCACUUUACGUGGGGAAACUACGGUGGAAAUUGUGAAUCCAGGUCAGACGAACGAGGUGCUCAAGACGCUGAAGGUCUCCCUUACAAAUGGGAAAGUGCAUUGCGAGGAUCAUUCAGUCGAGAUCGUCUCUAUUGGGUGA